AUGUGGAAGGACAAACCUUAUGGACUGACUUUUCCAGGCAAGCCAGACGGCCGAUUCUCCGACGGCCAUAUCCUGACUGAUUUCAUUGCGGAUUUCUUAGGACUAAAGUCUCCAGUGCCAUAUAGAACGAGGAAUGCACAGAAGAAGGAUUUGCAAUAUGGGAUAAAUUUUGCCUUUGGAGGGGCUGGUGUGGGCAAAACAUUGUCUUCAGUGCCUAAUUUCAGCACCCAAGUUGAUUUUUUUGAAGAACUCAUCAAGAAAGUUGUGUACUCAAAAUGCGACCUUGAACACUCUUUGACUCUAGUUACUCUUUCAGGCAACGAUUAUUCUGCUUUUUUAGCAAGAGGAGGCACCAUUUUGGAUCUCAUAAAUACUUUCAUCCCUGGUGUGGUGCAAAAACUUGUAGCGAUCUUGAAACGCAUUUCAGAGUUAGGAGUGAAGAGAAUAGCACUGGGGUCGCUGCCACCAAUAGGAUGUGUACCUGUAAUUACAAUAAGCAGUGGUUUCAAACAAUGUAAUGACACCGCAAACAUGGCGUCUAUACUACAUAAUUCCAUUCUAGCAGAUUCUGUGGCACAGCUGAACAAUGAGAGCUUAUCGACUCAAUUCGAGAUUCUUGAUCUUGAUGCUGCAUUCACUGCAAUUAUCCAACAUGUUCAAGAUCGCAAAGAAGCUCCAUUAACUCCUUGUUGUCAAGGGAUAGCAAAUUAUUCUUGUGGAGAUGUGGAUAGCAAUGGAAAACAAAUGUAUACAGUUUGUAGAAAACCCAAACAUGCAUUCUUUUGGGAUAAUGCGCACCCAACACAAGCAGGAUGGCAUGCAGUUUUUUCAGUUCUUAAGCCCACCAUAAAGGACCUCUGCGAGUUUAGUUAG